GUCAAGUGACUCUACCAGUCCGACUGGCCCCUUUCUCUCCGUGUUUGCACCUGUGAAUCAUGAAUCAGGAGGAAGCACUCCUCAGGUUUAGAUUUCAAGACACGUCGGCGUAGAUUUUAGGGAGGAGGAGUGGGAGGAAGAGGAGAAGGCGGAGGAGGAGGGUUGAAUGGAUCAGCACUCGCACAUCAUCCCUCUCUUCGACCGUGUCUGCGGUCAUUUGGCCGCUGGUGACCCCCGGACACGCAGACCAAUGUCAGGCCGCAGGGUUGGCUUCUGUCUCAGCGAUAAGAAACGCAGGAGAAUGAAUCUGGACGCCUUUGCAGACUUCUGUGCGUCACAUGGAGUGGAGGUGGUGGAGAUUGACCUCGCCCAGCCGCUGGCACCUCAGGGACCCUUUGACGCCAUUGUUCACAAGCUGUCUGAUGUCAUCGUGGAGGCGGAGCACGACAGCCAAUCACAGCAGCUGCUUGCCAACUUUGAGAGUUAUGUGUCAACUCAUCCCAGUACAGUUCUUCUGGACCCUCUGCCUGCAAUGACCCGACUACUAGACCGCUUCGCCUCUUACAGGAUCAUGAGCAAGUUGCACAACUCACUCCGAGACUGGCGUAUCUGCAGUCCUCCUUACCUAGAGGUCCACAGAGCCAGUGACCUGCCAUCCAUUCAGCAGGCUGUGAUGGCCCAGGGUCUAAGUUUUCCUCUCAUUUGCAAAACUAGAGUGGCACAUGGCUCACUUUCCCAUGAGAUGUCUCUGAUCUUCAGUGCAGGCAGCCUGGCUGAUAUCCAUCCUCCCUGUGUGCUGCAGAGCUUCGUCAACCACGGAGCUGUUCUACACAAGGUCUUUGUGGUAGGAGACAAACACUUCUGUGUAGAGAGGCCCUCACUCAAGAACUUCCCCUCCGGUCCCUGUGACAGGAAAACCAUCUUCUUCAACAGCCACCAGGUGUCCAAGCCAGAGUCGAGCUCUGAUCUCACAGCUCUGGACGAGCAGAUGCCGUGCCUCCCUCCUCCCAGCUCCCAGGCCGUGGACGCCCUGGUCCGGGAGCUCCGAGUUCAGCUGGGCAUGGCGCUGUUCGGCGUGGACGUCAUCAUCAACAUACACACACACACCCUCACCGUCAUCGACAUCAACAUCUUUCCAGGAUACGAGGGAGUGCCCCAGUUUUUCUCUUCUCUGCUCAAUCACAUCGAGUCAGUGUUGGACAAACAGACGUCAACUACCAGCUCUCUGAAGACGACUACAGGUGGUCCACCUGCUGGCCUUUAACUCACCUCAGAACCAGAUCAUCAGCCUCCCAGGACAAACAAAUGUCACUGGCUACAACCUGUUUAAACUGUUUUGUCAGGACCAAACAGACUUUGCUUCAAUUCUAAGAAGUUAUUUAUUUAUAUUUUCUAAACAUCCCCUGUAAAUAACACCAACACUCACAAUGGUUUGAUUUCCGUUUAUUGAUCGACAGGUAGCGUAGAAGAGGAUACAGCAGGCACAAAAUACAGCACUCUGAUUGGCCAGUAAUAUUACAAAUGGUGUUUUUUAUUAUAAUUUUUGUUUGAAAUGCCCCCUCCCCAACAUGGCAAAGACAUUUCCUACGUCUUUCUCUCCUUGUGGAAACAUUUUGCACUUCUAUAGAAAAAAGAAGAAAAACUACAGUACAUUCAUUUUUCACUUUAUUCUCAGGUGAACAAACAUCUCCUCUUUGGAAUAAGACAGCGUGUUGACUGAUUACUACGUGUUUACGGCUACUUUCCCAGUGUUCAGAUACAUAAACAUGUUGUAAAUCUUGGCUGUGUGUAAAAAAGAUUAUAUUUGCUAGAUGACUACAAUAUGAUGCACUUUGAUUACAUAUUAAAAUACAUGAAAUUAUGA